AUGGAGAUGGAGGAAGUGUCUGUUGUGGAAGAAUGUAGGCGGGAACUACGAUCUGCGUUACACCAGUAUCCGAACUUUCCUACACAAGGUGUUCUCUUCGAGGAUUUUAUGACUAUAUUUCAGAAUCCCUCAUUAUUUAAAACUCUAAUUAAUACAUUGAAAAGCCAUUUGAAUGAAGAGUUCCCCAAUGGCGAGAUAGAUUACAUUGUUGGUAUUGAGUCCCGGGGAUUUUUAUUUGGACCGACUCUCGCAUUAGCAAUGGAUGUAGGUUUCGUGCCCAUAAGAAAAGCUGGCAAGCUGCCCGGUGAGCUUGUUAGAGCUGAUUGUGAGAAAGAAUAUGGAUCUGCAACAUAUGAGCUACAAAAAGAGGCGAUACCGAAGGGUUCCAAUGUAGUUCUUAUAGAUGAUGUCCUGGCAACCGGUGGAUCCGCAACUGCUGCAACUCAAUUAUUAAUGAGUGUCGGAUCAAAUAUAUUAGAGUAUUGUUUCUUAAUGGAACUGGAUUUCCUGAAGGGUAAAUUGAAAUUGAAUGAUGCUCCAGUUUUCUCUCUUCUACAUACUCAGGAAGAAGGCCUAAAGAGGAGCCCAUGA